CUGUCUCUUACCCGGUAAGACUUAAUCCAUCGCCAUCCUCGUCCGGGCAGCGGCCUCGAGGCUCACUUACCCCGAGAAGCAGUAGCCGGCAUCAUGCCCGCCCUCAGGCCUCUCGUGAAGCCCAAGAUCGUCAAGAAGAGAACCAAGAAGUUUAUCCGGCACCAGUCCGACAGAUAUGUCAAGAUCAAGAGAAACUGGCGAAAACCAAGAGGCAUUGACAACAGAGUGCGAAGACGAUUCAAGGGCCAGAUCUUAAUGCCCAACAUCGGUUAUGGAAGCAAUAAGAAGACAAAGCACAUGUUGCCCAGCGGGUUCAGGAAGUUCUUGGUACAUAAUGUCAAAGAGCUUGAAGUGCUCCUGAUGUGCAAUAAAUCUUACUGUGCUGAGAUUGCUCACAAUGUUUCCUCCAAGAAUCGGAAAGUCAUUGUGGAGAGAGCAGCUCAGCUAGCCAUCAAGAUCACCAAUCCAAAUGCUAGACUGAGGAGCGAAGAAAAUGAGUAAAAUACUUUGCACGUCUUUAUUUGUCUUAAAUAAACCCUCAAACUACCA